UACAAACAUUUUGUCCCAGUUUACUGGAAGUUACAGAGAGACCGCCCCUCUGUCUUGUUUGAGUCCAGAGGUUUCUGUUAAGCUCAGGCAGACUUCCUGCUCUGAGUUGACCAUCAUUCAAAUCCAAUAAGUCUGAUAUUACCAUGAAACUCUUGGCUUGGGUUUUGUUGCAUUGUGCUCUGCCUUCAGUGACACAACAGUACUUCAACAUCAUGAAUCCAGAGGGGACACAUUGUAUGGAUAAUGUGGAAAAGACAUGGCAUGCUGUAGGAUCCAAAUGGAGAAACAGUUUAUGUAUGGACUGUUCUUGCAACGGAUGUUGUCCUGCGUAUUCCACCCCCUUCAGGAUUCCUAAUGACUGUGUGACAGUGUUUGACCCAGAAAAAUGUGAUUACAUAGUACACAAGAAGGACAACCCAUCUGUACUUUGCCCAAUUUAUUCUGCAGGAAGGGCAUGUUAGAGUGAUUGUUUUGAAAGACAUAAGGGAUGUUCUUAUUUUUUGAAAUGGUGGUUGUGAGGCAGACAUGCAGCUGUGAUCCCUCACUGGCUUCCCACCAGCAAACACUCUUGUUUUGGUUGGAACCAGUUCGAAUAAAUGAGCAAGCAGAAGGCACAGCAGCUGGAGAUAUAUCUCUGUUAUGAAUAAAAUUUCAAAUAAAAUGUGUAAAUUUGUUCAUGAAUUCUCUCUUUUUUUGCUGUUUCCACAAUAUUUUUCCACAAUAGCACAACAAAUUGAAUUCAGAUUUACAUGUAUCAAGUUUAGGACCAAUUUGUGUCCUAAAUAAGCUUUGUUGACUAGCUUCUUUAAACAAACCACAAGUUGCAGUAAUUCUACUUAUUUGUGAUUGUUUCACAGUGCAUUUUCACCGUUAUUGCUUGCUGGCUGUUUGUACUGUUUUGUACUUUUGGAGAAAAUAAUGUAUGUAAAUUUACAGUGUAGCUUUAUUUAAUCUAGUUUUAGUUAUAAACCCAUAAUGCUUUUUGUUUCUUUUUCUUGUGAAGAAAUUCUUGGAUUUAGAUUGGCUGUUUUAUGCUCUGCCUUCAGUCUCACAGACUCAGUGCCUUGGCACUACUUAAAAAGUAAUGAAAAUAGUAUAACCCUUCCACACAUGCAAAAUGGUCAUGCAAAAUGGUCAGAGCAUCAGUAUGUAGAGGAAAGACCCCUUCAGUUUCUUCCAAUUACUUUAUCCAGUUUCUCAGAGGGAAAAUUUCAUGGGAAACUCCAUCUACCAGCGAUAGUGACAAUUCCAAACAAACAUUCCCUGAUUUCCCGGUAAGAGUUGAUACUAAGUUAAUCUGUAGCACACAGUUCUUGAGAAGGGUCUGUGUGAUUUCAUUGUUAUUCACAUCAUUUUCCCCAAAUGUUGUUGGUUUUACUGUCCUCAACAGUAAAUGAACAUAUAGCACUUUCAUAAUUAAGUGUCAUUUGCCAAAUUCAUUUAUGUCACUGCUCUCUGGAUCUUUAUUAAAACCUGUAUUCCACAUGUUGUAUUUGCAUAUUUACUGCUGAAUAUUUCUCAUAUUUCCCUCUGAUGAUUUAUUCUGGUUAUUUGAAUGUAUUGGUUCAUUUAUUUAUUUUUCUUAAUCCACAGAACAAUUUCCAGUUUGCUUGUUUGUUGCAUGUUACAAAUGUGAGAGGGAGCUCUUCUGAUGAGCUGUAACCUGUAGAGUACUGCAAAACUUUAUUUUUAUCGUAAGUAAAUGUGACAUUCUGGAUAAAAUUGUUUGCGUCAAAUCCUCUGCUGUUCCUCUGAGAACCAGCUGCACUUUAAGCAAAGAUGGUACUAUAUUGUGAGCAUGACAUUAGAUAUCAAUAAUGUUACACUUGUAGUGAUUCUUUCAAACCAUAUUUUACUUCAUAUACAUGUUAUCAUUUUACAUGUACAAGGGAAGUGAUGUCAAUAUUCUCUCUCAAUUGAUGAUGGAUUGAUUCUGGUCUAUCACUAUCAUCAUAUAACUUUCCAAAAUUAGAAAUGAUUUUUUGAUCUAUGCACUCAUUCUUUAUUUACCAAUAUACAUAAAAGGAACUAUAUCAGCUCUACCAGAACAUAAAUUUUGUUUACACAAUAAUUGAACUAGACAGCACUAACAGCUGAAUGAUAAUUGUGCUGAUUUAACUCAUGCAAAUUCCUCAUUAAUGGAUUGUCUCAACAUGUGAAAACAAACAAUAUGCUGUUGAUGAUAAAUAAACUGAAUAAACCAUUUUAUUGCCAAGAAUAAACAGAUAAGAUAGUCCUCUGUCCUCUUUCAACUGACAGUAACUUCCUGCAUGUGCAUACCAUUGGCAGGAUUGGGUUACUACGUCUGUCAGUUGGAACUGCCCAACUAAAUGAAUUACAGACGUGACAAAAAGAUACACUAUUCAUCUGCUCUCUGUGUUUCCAAAUUUCACUUAUCAGUGACUGUACAUAGGCGAGUCAACACCUCUUUGAUGCAAUUUCUCCCAAAACUGAAGCUUCAUUUCCAGACAAGUAGAUCAUACACGGUUUCCCAGUAUAACCAAUACUCGUGGGUCAUUGAUUUUGUGUUUGUCAUGGUCCACUGGUGUAAAAGCAGCAACCAGCUGCUUAUCGCCACUAGGUGGCAGGACAAACCAGUGGAUUCUGGUGUUUCCACUGUAUUGUCUUCAUCACUUCUUCAUCUCUCUCUCUCGCUCUCCCUCUCUCUCUCGCUCGAAAAUGCAAGGAGACUUUUGCAAAGACUCUUUAAGAGUUAGACAUCCAGGGUCUGGGGAUCUCUCCGUUGCAUGGCUUUAUCAUUAACAAAGAGCAGCAAGAGUGGGAGGGUUGUGGAGCUCUUCUCAUCUUUGAGAUGCAUGCUGCGUUGGACCCAGUGAUGAGAGGGUCCCAUCAACAACAAUAGCAGUGAGACCCACAACACUUAUGCUUUCUCUCUCCACUGCACUUCAGCCUUUGAGUUACACUCACUGCUUUCCUUUGGAUUAUUGCUUUUUUCCAAUGGUGAAGACGCCCGUGGAGUAUUGAAAGAAGAACCUGCAAAGAGGAUUAACUUCAUUUUUAAAAAAUCGAACGUGGUUUUAUUCAUCAUCUCAUCUGUAUGAGAUUUUCCACAGCUGGAAUAAUGCCUUCGUGCUGGUGUAGAAAUUCCUUCUUUCCAGUGGUGUUUGGUGCUGCGCUGGUUGUUCUGACUGCCGGUAAUGCUGGACCGAACCAGGACAGAAGGCAGGCUGGGUCGUCCUCGUGCUUUGGAGGCUUUGAUCUCUACUUUGUUUUGGACAAAUCUGGGAGUGUGCAGAAUCACUGGACUGAAAUCUACCACUUUGUUGAACAUCUAGCUCAUAAAUUCAUAAGUCCACAGUUGCGGAUGUCGUUCAUUGUGUUCUCAACUGAGGGAAGGAUCUUAAUGAGCCUGACAGAAGACAGGGAACGCAUUCGCAAAGGUCUGGAGGAGCUUCAGAGGGUUCUUCCAGGGGGAGACACCUUCAUGCACGAAGGCAUCCUGAGGGCGAGUGAACAGAUAUACUAUGGGAACACUGAAGGUUAUCGCACUGCCAGUGUUAUCAUAGCUCUGACAGAUGGAGAGCUGCACGAGGAUCUUUUCUACUACGCUGAAAGAGAGGCCAACCGUUCCCGAAGCCUGGGUGCCACAGUUUACUGUGUGGGGGUGAAGGACUUCAAUGAGACACAGCUGGCAAAGAUUGCUGAUAGCAAGGAUCAUGUCUUCCCUGUGAAUGAUGGAUUUGAGGCUUUGCAAGGGGUCAUUGAUUCGAUCCUGAAGAAGUCAUGUAUCGAGAUCCUGGCAGCAGAACCCUCUAGUAUCUGCGCAGGAGAAUCCUUUCAGGUGGUGGUGAGAGGAAAUGGAUUCCUCCAUGCCCGAAAUGUUGAUAAAGUCCUGUGCAGCUUUCGAAUCAACGACACCCUCACUAAAAUGGUGAAGCCUUUGAUUGUGGAAGAUACAUAUCUUCUCUGCCCUGCACCAGUGCUUCAAGAUGAGGGAAUGGCAGCAAACCUUUAUGUCAGUAUGAACGAAGGACUCAGUUUCAUCUCCAGUUCAGUCACCAUUACCACUGUGGGCUGUUCUGAUGGGACCAUCCUGGCUAUAGCCCUGCUCAUCCUGAUGCUGCUCCUGGUCUUGGCCCUUCUCUGGUGGUUCUGGCCUCUCUGCUGCACUGUGAUCAUCCAUGAACCCCCACCGCCAGUUGUGGAGGAGAGUUCGGAUGACGAGGAUUUUGAAGCACCUAAGAAGAAAUGGCCGACUGUAGAUGCCUCCUACUAUGGAGGAAGGGGAGUUGGGGGAAUCAAAAGGAUGGAGGUUCGCUGGGGUGAGAAAGGCUCUACAGAAGAAGGAGCAAAGCUGGAAAAGGCCAAAAAUGCCAAAGUGAAGAUGCCUGAGCAGGAGUAUGUGCCACCCCCCACACGGGUUCUCAACAAUGGCAUGCACAAACCCCCCGGGCCACGCAAGUGGUACUCACCAAUCAAGAGCAAACUGGAUGCAUUGUGGGUACUUUUAAGGAAAGGCUAUGACCGUGUAUCUGUAAUGAGACCUCAUCCAGGUGACAAGGGCAGAUGCAUGAACUUCACCCGCAUUAAGUCUCCCUCUCCUCGCUACCCACACUACAACCACCAUCCAUCUCCCAUCUACAACCCCUCUAGCAAGAGUCCACCUCCACCGCAGGGUAUCCUCCCACCAACCCCCAGCAGCCUUCCUUCAUCUCCGUCUUUCUCCUCCUCCACCUCUCCACCACUGCCUCCCACGCCUCCUCCCACCUCCACCACUCCCUCCCCUCCCAUCACUCCUCCCCCUUACACGCCACCGCCCAACAGGGCUCUUCCUCCAACUACUCUGCACAUACCUACCCCGCCAGCGCUCCCACCCACCCCUCCACCCUCCACCUCCCCAACUGGCUCCCUGCCUCCUCCUCCACAGGGGCCUCCUCCCGGGCGAGCCCCUCCACCUGCACGCCCACCGCCUCGCCCUAGUCUGUAAAGCUCUGGCAGGAGACAGAGAGAGAGUCCCACAAGUUUGGAAAAAUAGGCAACACGGAGUCCCACCAGCGAUCAGCACAUGACCAUCCUUGAUUGUACCUGCAAGCAAGGACAUGUGAGCGCCUUGUGCCACGCUUAGCGGGCUGUGGCCUUUCUGCCUUGUGAAGAGGAGAAGUGAGGACUUGUUUUCAGCUAUUUGUCUACAGUGACUUUUGUACACAUCUAGCCCAACAGUGCAAUUGCUCUGAUGCUUGAAUUACACAGACGUUCCCUGUAAAUGAGGUCAUUCAGGCCAGCUCAAAAACAUUUGCCUCUGUGAUCCUCUGAGCUGCCUCAGGCCCCAAUGUCCCCUCCAUGAGCACACAAGAUUGGAUGAAUCCUAACCAGCUCUGUACAUUGGCCCUCAACAAGGACCUAAGUCAUGUUCAGAAUGAUCAUAACACUAAAAUAUGUGCCUAUGUACAUUCCUAUCUUUCCUGAUAACCGAUAAAAGAUGAUUAGAGGGAUCCGAAACAUCCUGUUUUUUGUAUUCUUGAAUGUUGGGCAAUUGCAUGCAGUAGUGUUUGAAUUAUUUGUACUUUUUUGUUGAAUAGACCACAUUUCCUGAGUUGAAUUUUUUUUUGCGGUUAGAAAAACAAUCAUUGCUCAUAAACACAUGUACAAUAAGCAUACUGAACGGCAACGCAACAUAUCUGAACUUGCUCUUGCAAUUUUUGACGUCCACACCGUAUUAAACCAGCCUAAUGUGACUCAUAGCUGGCCUAUUUUUUGUGCACAUCAGAGUAAACGACAAACCAGGAUUUAGACACCAAACUAGUCCUGUUUGCUACAACCAAGAUGACUGCAAUCAUUGCUACAGCUGCGUAUGCUCUAUCUAUCAAGAUGUGGACAAAAAUACGUCAGAAUCAGGGAAAAAGCUUUGCACAUCGUCUCGCUCAUCCAGCCAUGGCCUCUUGCGAAAGCUGGGUUUUAUGUAAAUAAUCAUUUUGAUAUAACCAUGUGUGCUCAGAUAUCUGUGUAUGCAUGUGUGUGUGCGUGUGUGUGUGUUGAAAAGAAAGAGAGAAAGAGGGACUAGUGUACUAUAUGUAUUCGUGACAGCCAGUCCCUAAGUAGACUAACCUGAGUCAGUUGCCAGUUUCAUCAUCUUUAACAAAAUUAUCUAUUUUUUUUAAUGCACAAGGUGCUUUCAGUUCCUUAAAGCUUGGAUCACGAUAAAAGCAUGCUGUUUCAUGGGUCAUAUAAAGUUUGGUUUAGAUUAAAGGAGGGGUUAAUAUGGAGCUGUUCUUUGAUGGUGAUCAGAGAGGUCUCAGCAAAAUGCAAAGCAGAUUGCAAGGCCAUCUUUAGCAAUCAGAAAGAUUGUAUGUAACUUUCCAUCAAUACAGUCUGUAGACACCUAUGUCUGUUUCAUUGAAAGUAAAGAAUUCAAAUGUAUAAA